CGGAGACAUUUGCGAAGCCUUUUUCCAAGAUGGCGGCCUGGGGAAGGAGGCGCGCGGGGCCCGGCAGCUCCAGCGGCGGUGCCGCUGCCGCCACGAGGGAGAGGGUCUCCUUAUCUGCCACGGACUGUUACAUCGUUCACGAAAUCUACAACGGGGAGAACGCCCAGGACCAGUUCGAAUACGAGCUGGAGCAAGCGUUGGAAGCCCAAUACAAGUACAUCGUGAUCGAGCCCACCCGCAUCGGGGACGAGACGGCCCGUUGGAUCACGGUGGGGAACUGCCUGCACAAGACGGCGGUGCUGGCUGGCACGGCCUGCCUCUUCGCCCCUCUGGCUCUCCCGCUGGAUUAUUCCCACUACAUCUCUCUGCCGGCCGGGGUGCUCAGCGUGGCCUGCUGCACCCUCUACGGGAUCUCCUGGCAGUUUGACCCCUGCUGCAAGUACCAGGUGGAGUACAAUGCUUACAAACUCUCCCGCCUGCCUCUACACACGCUGACCACGUCCACCCCGGUCGUGUUAGUGAGGAAAGACGAUCUGCACAGGAAGAGGCUGCACAACACGAUAGCACUGGCGGCCCUGGUGUACUGUGUAAAGAAGGUGUACGAACUCUACGCCGUAUGAUUGCGGCCGAGAAAAGUGGGGAGGGGGGGGAGGGAGGAGGGAAAAACCCAUCCGAACCGAUAAAAGGUGUAUUAAGGACUCCUACAGGAACAAUUUAACUUUUUUCCCCCCCCCCACCUUCUUGAAGUGGUGCCUGAAAAGCCGUUUUCGGUUUACCCGAUUAUUAUUAUUAUUAUUAUUGUUUCGUUAUUUCUUUUUCUUUUUCCUUUCGAAAGAAACAAUCACACUGACGUCACAUCAAGGGAUUCCUGUUCUUUUUAUUUUUAAUCCCUCCGACCUAGAUCUGUGGUGGGGUGGAACAGCAUGAGCGAUGAAGACAACAGUCGUUACACGACAAGAGGGUUGGGUGGGUAAGGUUUUGGUUCCUCCAGCCAUCCUCUCCUCCCCCACCCUUGGGGAGAGGAGGGGGGGGUGAGGAAACACACAUCCCUUAAGUAUCUUGUUUAAUUGUAUUCUACAGAACCAGCUCAAAGAUAUCACUGACCAUUCAUUAAAGGAUGAGAAUUUGAAGAGGUCCUUUUUUUUCUUUUGGGACGAAAAAUAUCUGGUAGGAAAUUCUCCCGGCGGGGUGGAGCCUAAUUUUAAAGGAUGGAUUGGGUGAAAGCUCACUUGUCAGUAGACUGACCUACAACAGGAGGUCAACUC